UUUUUUUUAUUUAUUUUACAUACCAGCCACAGUUUCCUCUCCCUCCUCUCUUCCUGUUCCCUCUCCUCACUCCUCCCUUCUACCCAUUCUGUUCCUCCUCAUUCUUCUCCAUUCAGAAAGGAUAAGGCCUCCCAAGAGAGUCAACAAAGCAUGGCAUAUCAAGUUGAGGCAGGACCAAGCUCCUUCACCCUGCAUCAAGGCUGAGUGAAGCGUCCCAACGUAGGGAAUGGGUUACAAAAAGACAGCUCAAGUGCCAGGGACAGGUCCUGGUCCUGCUGCUAUGGGCCGCACAAACAGGCUAAGCUGGUAAAACCUAUUUUGAGAAGUAAAAUCUUUGUUUUUCUCUCUCCAUAAUGACAUAAUGUUAAGUAAAACUUUCUGCUAAUCAGGUAAGGAACUACCCAAUACCAUCCACCCUAAAAGUUCUUUAACUGUGCCUCUGCUUGUGCUCUCGGUACCUUAGAAAUGGACAGCAGCUUUAGACACAGCCGAGAAGGUUUGCUAAGCCAAUCAAAUGCACUUGUUUGAAUUUCAAGAGGUCCAGAUAGCAGAUAAAAAUAUGAGACUUUAUAAUGUCAGCUAUUACUAUUAAAUGAGAUGAUAUGUCUCCUCUAGUCUCCCAACAGUGGUGUGCUGUGCCGCUUACCGAUGCACAGAACAGAGAUUAAAUCGAAAGCUGGGAUUGUUUUUCACAGUUCAGCUUGCAUGUCUCCAGUUUUCCACCAUAGCUAGAAUGACAUCAUGGAAUGUGGUUGUUGAAGUGAAAUGAGAAAAUGGAUAAAUCUUAAGAAUCUUCUGGGCCUUCUCUGGACCAUGAAAUAAAUUCCUUUCCUGAUGAGAAUCCCUUGAUGAAGAUCAAGGUUGUUGAGGUCCUUACACUGAACAAGGAUGUGGCUGGUCCCCGGAAUGCUCUGAUUCAAUCCCUCUAUCCUGAAAAUGGAGAAGACCGGAGCCCAAGUAGCCUCAAGCCAGCUCAACAAGCAAGCAAGCAUUUGGCUGACACGAAAGUUGCUCACCAGAAGUUCCGACAUUUCCAGUAUGAAGAAUCAGACGAUCCCCGGAAGGCUGUGUCUCAGCUUCGUGAGCUGUGUCACCAGUGGCUGCGGCCCAGUACACAUUCAAAGAGACAGAUCCUGGAGUUGCUGGUGCUUGAGCAGUUCCUGAAUGCACUGCCUGAGAAGUUGCGGGUAUGGGUAGAAUCCCAGUACCCAGAGGAUUGCCAGGCAGCAGUGGCCCUGGUGAAGAAGAGGACCGCGAUGUCUAAGAAAGAUGCUCUGGCUGCCUGCCAUAAUGAGGCCACUGAUGGACUGAAAGAGGAGAAGAAGGAUGUGGCCACCUUACCAGCUAUUGUAUCGCCUGAGGAGCCAGUAACCUUCCAGGAUGUGGCCGUGGACUUCAAUCAGGAGGAGUGGCGACUGCUGGGUCCCAUGGAGAGGACUGAGUAUCGUGAUGUAAUGCUGGAGACCUUGGAUAACUUGGUCUCUGUGGGGUGGGAGCCUACAUUGGGAAACAAAGAGUUAACUCCACAAUCACCCAGUUCUGUGGUAGAACCAAUUCACAACCCAAAGCCAAAGAAUAUCUCAAGGAAUGGUGCUCAGUCCACUGUCUUUGAAACUAUUUCUCAAGAUGAGGUCCAAGAAAUUCAUACCAUAGAAUCAAAUCAGGUCGAGCCUGUACAGAAAAAAGACCUCCCUCAGGAAGAGCUCUCUGAAAGCCAGCAGUCUCAGGGGCAAACUAGGCUUCAUACAAGCCAGGGCUCACUUGACAACGUUCUGCCUAGAAAGCACUUGCAUGUAAAAAUUAACAAGAAGGGCACAGGAAAGAGGAAAGCAAAGGAGAAAAACAUUUCCAUGACACGAGAUUCAACCAUACAGAAACAGCAAAAGGGCUCUGUGGGGCGGCAAGUCAGAGAUGGCGGCAAUUCUAAGACACAUGGUCCUUCUAUAAAAAUCCACCGGCAGGGUAAAGUUCGGGACAGCAGAGAUCCCGUUAUACUUACAGCACCUGCCAAAGUUUACCAGAAAACCACUAGCUCUGACGGUAGAGUCAGGGACAGGAGCCAUGCCAUGGUACCUGAUACAUCUCCAAAAAUACAGCACAAAGGUGCUGAGCGGGGUAAAAUUGGGAAAAGCAGCAAUUCUAUGACACAAGGGUCAUCUAUACAAAAUUACCAGACAGGGUCUGGGGCAGGAAGAGUCAGGGACAGGAACAGUUCCUUGACACAGGCUUCACCUGUAAAAAUUAUCCAGAAUGGCUGGGAAGGGGGUAAAAUGCAGGGAAACGGGAAUUCCUUGACACAUGUAAGAAUGAACCAGAAGGGUUCUAACAGUGGAAGAGUCGGGGAAAUUAGUACUUCCAUCAAACGCACUCCCCAUAUAAAAGUUCACCUAAAGACUUCUGAAAGAGGGGAAGGCAGGGAAGUCAACACAUCCAUCAAAUACAGCCCCCAUGUGACAACUUCCCACAAAGGUUCUGAAGAGGGGACUCCCAGGAAAGGCAGCAACUGCAGGAAAGCUGUCAGCCAGCAUGCUCAGCAGAUAUUCUUCAUCAAGAUUCACAAGGGGAGCCAGAUUUGCCGGUGCAGUGAAUGUGGUAAGCUGUUCCAGAACGCUAGGUAUUUCUCUGUCCAUAAGAAGAUCCACACAGGAGAGCGGCCUUACACGUGCAGGGCCUGUGGGAAAGCGUUUAUUCAGAGCUCCUCCCUCACACAGCAUUACAGAAUUCAUAGUGGAGAGAGGCCAUUUGAGUGUUCAGAGUGUGGGAGGACCUUCAAUGAUCGCUCAGCCAUCUCUCAGCACCUGAGAACUCAUACUGGGGCUAAGCCUUACCGUUGUCAGCAAUGUGGGAAAGCCUUCCGCCAGAGUUCCCACCUUACCAGGCAUCAGAGAACUCACACUGGGGAGCGGCCAUAUGUGUGCACCAAGUGUGGGAGGGCUUUCACUCAGAGCUCACACCUUAUUGGACAUCAGAAAACACACGGGAUGAGGUUCAAGAAGAAGCAGUCCAAAUUGCAGUCCUAGUGCCUUUCAGACCACUGCCUUUCCAGCCUUGAGAUGCACUCUGCAGACUUUGCAGGAGAGUCCCAUGCCUGAAGGACCGCUCAGGACACCACCCAGCAGGUGAAACAAUCAGGGAGUUCUUAAUUGCUUCAUUUAGCCAUUAAAGAAAAUAUGAAACAUGAAAAUGCUCCUACAUUUAAAAACCCAGUUAACCAAAAACUGCACUGGUAAUUAUAUGCAGAAUAAAGUAUGUGAGUGACAAAUCCAAAAGAAUGUAUAUAAAUAAAUACAGUUGCUUUAAAA